AUUGACGAGGAGUCUUAUAGCCGUAGCGCGCCACAGUCACGGUAACGGACACAACCACCAUCACCACCACCACAACAACCAUCUGCAGUGUUUAUGAAGAUCUGUAAUUGGAUUUGUUGGUGGUUUGAUAUGUCAUAUGUGAUUGGAAUUUCUUUGACUUCUUUUUUGAGAUUUGUUUAGUUGGCUUAAUUUUCGUUUUUAGUUAGUGAUGAUGAUGAAAAAACAUAGAGCAAUUGAAUGUAAUGAAUAAUGAUUCUCAUCUCUUACGUAUGUAACCGUUAGUAAUAUGGAAUUACAAUUUGUGACGGGAAUGCCAUAUUAUUUGAAUUUUAUUUUUAUUAAAAGGAAUGUGUAUACUUCUUAUUAUUUAAUUGAUUUUAACGCGUUUGGCCGUCGAUCAUGUUACUUUUUGUUGUUCAUUUCCUUUCCUAGAAUCUAACGUCUCUCAAAUAUAUUCAGUUAUUUUCUUCCGAAUGUAAAAAAAUUCAACAUAUUGUAGGAUUAAGCAAACAAUUAGUUCACGACUUUGAUUGAAGGUGUCACAAAAAUAUCUAUUAUAUUAAUUAUUAUUUACUGAAACAGUUUGGAUUUCAAUAUAAUUGCGUAUCUAAACUGAUUCUAAAACAAUAUCUGAUACUUUUUAGUUUCCAGUUUUGAAUUAUUUGAGUUUGAGGGCUAAACAAUGGAGGUGAUUGGUUGGGUUUAUCCUUUUACUUUAGCUUUAUUUACUUUUAAAUUACUAAAUUUUACCAAUCAAGUUGUAGCUUUAUUUUUAAUAGUUAAAACCUAAAUCAAAUUUCUAUAAAUUUUUACCAAUCAUGCUUUACCUUUAUUUUUUAAGUUACAACAAAAAAAACUAAAGCAAAACUUUUUUUAAAUGUAUUUUUGGGAAAAAACUUAAAGCUUUUUUAUAGACUGUAGAAUCUGUGAAAUAAAAAAACUAUCUAUAAUAUCAAAUAAAUUAGAUAAUCAUAAUUAAAAACAACUAUAAAUAUUUAAUUCAAUUUUGAGUGUUGUAAAAAUCAUUGAAAUAUUUUAAAUAAAAUAAAUAUUAUUUAUAUAUCACAUUUUAAAUAACAAUAAACUUUGAGAAUUUACAAAAAGUAUUAAUAUAAAUUAUUUAAUUGAUAAAAACAUAAAUUAGUUUAUAUAUACAUCACAUAUUUCACAUAUUUAUUUUAAAAUAUCUACAAUCUAUAAUUUACAGCUACAACAAAUUUAACUACAUUAAAAGUCUCUGGACAAAAAAAUCUACCAUAACAACUUUACAGCUUCAACCAAUUUAACUACAACUAAAUUUUUGUAGACACAGUCCAACCAAUCACUUCCAAUGUUUAAAUUUAAAGGACGGUUUAAUUUUGCUAAAAAAAUAAAUCUAAAAUCCACAAUGUUACUAUUGUGAUGGAAGUUUUCUCACCUUUGAUUUAAAAUUUAAGAAACUAAACAUAUGUUCACAAUCAUAUUUAAUUCAAGAAUAUGAUUAUAAAAAGAAAGACGCGCUAAAGAUAUAUCGUACAUUGAAAAUUCCGGAAUAUCAGGACAGGUGUUUUAUCUACCACAUGGAGAAAGUCUACGGCUUUGUGUUCUUUGUUUGGAGUUGAAUCCCAUAAAUUCACUACAUAUAGAGCUUCUUGUAUAGAGCGUCGGUGUUUGAAAUCAUCGCUCAAGUUUGUCAAGUUAUGAAAUAGAAAUGGAGCUAGUAAGAAACUUAUGGUCUUUAUGUAUAUAUGUGUACGUAGUGUAAAACAUUUACGAAAAAAUAAAUGUCUAAAACAAUCAACGAUCUUGUUGUAUAUCUUCAGGAUUUACUCGGGGUCGGGACAAAACUAGUUGGACCCAUUCAGAGUUUCAAACACUCAGAAGAGGUAUUGUCUCUUCUUACAUGCAAAUUUGAACUUAUAAUACCUAAACGGGAACAUAACUAACAACAUUUAAAGUAAUUUUACUUGUCAAAACAAUGUUAAGUGCAUUUUGGAGUUUGGUCGGAAAAGUGAUAAGCUAAUAAAGAGUAUAUGAAGGAGAGACAUAACAUGUUUCUUUCUUUAUCUUAUUAGAUUUCCGUAUAGAAAAUUAAGUCAGACGAAGUGGUGUUUCUAGUGGCGGACGAGUGAGUAACGAGUAAAAACCUGCCUUUGGAAGGGGAGCAACACCUUGUUGCUCUCCUCUCUUUCAUCGUAAUUGUUACAAAUUCCUAAAUUUGGAUCAGUAGUAAUAUUGAAAUGGUUACAUUUGGCAAACUCUUUAUGAUAUCAAUAUAUUUGAUUUGUCGAAGAACCGACGUCGUUUCUAGGAUCACUAACCCGACGCACCGUUUUCAUCAAACCAUAAACUGCUAGGCGUUUUUGCAUUCAACGUGUCCAUUUCCUAUUUCUCAUUAAGAAACCCUAAACUCAUACUGGUCACACGAAAGAAUCCUAUCUUUUACCCUUAUCCCUCAUCCCUCAUAUAUAUACGUUACACAAAUCAUCUGCUACAGAUAAGAAAGCAUGACCGUACGUGAAGGCGGCCGAUGAGGUUUGAUCUUCAGUGCUAAUCAAAACUCCAUUCAGACUAGUUGUGUGACGAAAAAAAAGAUGGUGGGUCGAAAGAGAAAAGCAAAAACAUGUGACAAAGGGUCACAAAGAAGCUGGAUAUGCCAACUACCCGAUGAUUUGAUAAGCGACAUACUUCUUCGUGUUCCUACAAAGCAUGCUGUAAGAACAGGCGUUUUGUCCAAAACAUGGAUUAAUCACUGGAAGAGUGUUCGUGGAUUGGACUUAGAGUCCUUUGAAUUCUUGGAUAUGGAUACCUUUGUGAGUUUUGUUCGAAGUUUUUUUGAUUCACACAGGGAAUCAAUGAUAGACAAAAUAAGGUUAAGUGUUCAUUAUUCUGAUUGUAAGUCCCUCCUCACCAAAUGGACUGAUAUUUCGAUUAGGCGUAGUGUUCAGCAUCUCGAUGUUUGUUAUUACGGCCCUUAUUCUUGCGAUGUUACGAUGCCCGUCAGUCUAUAUACAUGCAAGACACUGGUGCACUUACGCCUUUGUUGGGUUGUCUUGGCUAACCUGGAGGUUGUUUCCUUACCAUGCCUUAAGAUCAUGCAUUUAGAAUACAUUACAGAUCUCACUGAGGCAACUGUGGAGAAACUUAUCUCAGGCUCUCCAGUUCUGGAAGAUUUAACCAUUGUCAGAGAAACUCAUGGUGAAAGGUUUAUAGAGUUGCGCUCUAAUACCCUCAAGAGAAUCCACAUAGAUUCGUAUACAGAAGUUGUGAUUAAUGCUCCUCUACUCGAGUGUUUGAAGACUAGGGGUUACGUAUCAAAGAACUUCAAAAUCAUCAAUUUGGGUUGCUCUACCACACUAGAGAUUUAUGCGGUCUUCCCUCGUCUGACUUGCACCAAAAGAUUCAUUUGUGAUACCCUCACCGAUAUUCCGAGGUUCAGAGGCAUUGUUUUAAGUAGUUACAUUUUGAAGAACAUCUUUCUACACUCCGAACCGGGACCAUUGCUUCAGUUCCGUGACCUAUCCCGUUUGCAUGUUAAGUUCUCUAAAUCCGACCUUGAAAUGUUGCCAUCCAUUCUUGAAAGCUGCCCCAUAUUGGAGUUGAUCAAGGACCCGAGUUAUAAGAAGAACAGAGAACCGAAGUUGAUGUUUUCAACAGUGCCUCCGUGUUUGGUGUCAUCACUCAAGGUCGUCGAAUUGAUACGUUUGAUCCCAAAGUAUGAAGGAGAAGUAGAGCUAGUAAGAUACUUCCUCAAGAAUUCACCAAUCCUGGAGAAACUAAGGCUUGAUACUUACUAUACCAAAAAAGGCAUGCGUGAUUUCCUUAAAGAAGUCGUUGCAUUGCCUAGAUGUUCUAGCGCUUGUGGAGUCAUUGUUCUCUGAAAAAAAAAAGACAUUUCAUUUGAGGUAAAUUUGGAUGUUAAAAAACUGGUUGAUUUGAGGAAUAUUUCUCAUGAAUUAAUAACCGUUUUAAAACUUUA